UAUAUCAGGACCUUAACAUAGGUGUAGUAAAAUAUUUAUCAGGACCCGGCCGUCAAAGGCUUGUGAUCUUCAGAAGAGAAUGGGGGAAUCUGCAUCGUGUAAAAUUGACCUUACGUCCCCAGAGACGUCUAGUCAAGAAAGAUCAUCCAUCGAGAGAGUAUCAGCUAUAGAUGCCAGUCUUCUGAUUGUUCUCGGGUUUGGUGGAUUUUCUAUUGUCGUGGCCCUCGUCCAUAACGCAAUUCAUCGCUAUGUCUUCCGGGACCAGCACAGCCUGGAUACUGUGUUUGAUGCCGGGGGAAAAGUCACCACCAGUUUGACCGCGGUCACAGUGGCCUCCCAAGUCCUCUGGCCGGUGGACCUUAUUCAAACAUCCGUCAUAGCUUUAAAGUCUGGGAUCGGAUCUAUUCUGUACUUCGUUAUCGGCUUGUCCUUGGUGAUGGUCGUAUUCCCAAUAAUAACCAUUCAUUUCAAAACUAAAGCUCCAGGGGCGAAGACUUACCCUCAGAUUGUGUAUGCUCGGUACGGUAAAUCAGCUCAUCUUGUAUACUGCUGCAUCGCUCUUUUGACAAACGCAGUUACAUUGACGGCCAUGAUUUUGACUGGAACUUAUACGCUAGAGGGCAUUGUUCCGGAAAUGUCAUCAGAAUUGACUGUACUUCUUUUGGUUUUUCUGUUUGGUUCUUACUGUUUCAUUGGUGGACUGGGAGCCGCGUUCUACAUCUCCUAUUUUAAUACCUGCAUUAUGUUUGUAGCUCUUGUGAUAUUCACAUCCAUGUUUAUUUUUCCAAACAGCAACGCCAACCUUCAUAAUUCUACUGACAUUAGAACAAUGUAUGAAUUUGUGAAAUGUGUCAAGGGACCUUCUAAUAACGCCAAAGAGUCAUUAUUGACUUUUCGAUCGUUUUCUGGUGCAGUAUAUGGCAUUGUCGUCUUUUUCAUGGUGUUGGCUUUAAAUUGUUGUGAUCAAGCCAUGUGGCAAAGUAGAAUAGCUACAAAACCACAACAAGGUGUAACUGGAUUUUUCAUAGCGUGUUUUCUGUAUUUAGGGAUACCCACCUCCCUAUCACUGCCAUCUUUUCUUUCGUAUGUUUCAAUGAGUUACCAGAAUGGAUCAUAUCUGCUCUCGACUCUGGACACUAACAAUGGAUUUCUGACACCAAUGGUGAUGGAGGACACACUAGGACGUCCAGGAGAAUAUCUACUGAUAAUGAUUGUGUUCAUGGCCUUAAUGGCGACAGGAUCAGGUGAAAUUAUGGCAAUUUCAUCCAUCCUGGUAUAUGACAUAUAUAAAGUUUACGUAUGUCCAUUCAGAGAGACAUGCGUUCCUUCGUCUUGUCCUCUCUGUGGAAAUCUGAAGUAUGCCAAAGAAGGUGUGACUUGUUGUAGCUGUAUACCUGCCUCUGAUUGCCAGAAUUGUCAAGAUGAUGUGAACCUUAGUAGGUCAAAUCCUCCCCUUUUUAAACUCAAGUAUCAAUGUCCCGUUCAUGGAGAAUACAGGCAUUAUGAGGAUAUGCUGAAGGACUACAAAGGCUGGUGUAUAAUUUGGAUUUCACUUUCUCUUGUACCUUAUGGAAUUUUGAUGACAUCGUUAAAACUAAACGUCAAUUGGGUAACUUUCGUAAUGGAAACGCUUCUGACUCCAUUUAUAUCCCCUCUGAUAUUGACGUUUACAUGGAGUAAAUGUACAUCAAAAGGAGUAAUUUCAGGAGUGAUAUCAGGGUCUCUUGCCUCUGUAGCAGCUCUUCUGGUGGUAGCAGAGACGAGGUACGACGAGGGUCUCAGCGACUUCUUCACUAACACAUCGGCAGACUACAGCCUUUUUGGCUCCUGUAUUUCUGGGCUUCUGACAAGUACUUUAAUAACUAUAUGUGUUUCCAUGGUUACACAUUCCAUUAAAAGUAGUGCCGACAUCGAUGAAGAAUGGGCAAAACUGUUUUUCAUAGAUAAUCCUCUGAACCCAUGGAGAAAUUUGUAUGAAGAUGAACUGAAAAAUAUCCAGCAAAGUAGAAAUCUAUGCAUUUCUGAUAUGGAAUUCGUAUUCCGGAAGUCAAAACGUAUAGCCUUUGUAGUCGGAAUAAUGAUAACUGUUUUGUUAGUUGUUGUACUACCAGCUACAAUGCUGCAGUAUGAGGAGCUGAAUGCUGAUCAGCUUUAUAACUAUACCCUUGUGUUCUUCAUCAUACUUGUGCUAGGGACUAUUUAUUCAGUAUUUGUUCCACCAAUAGAAGAAAUAAUCAAGAUUAAAAGAUACAGAAAUAGAGAACAAAAAGAAACUAAGGAAGAACGAAUAGCUCUAAAUUCGUAUAAUGUUCAGCAUUAGAGUUAUUUCUCCUGCGUUAAUUAAAAGAUAAAUCUUUUAAAGUAUGUUCAGUCAGUUUAAUUAAAUUACAAAUGAUCAACUCCUAUUUUCGCCUCUUGAAGGAUCUAGUUGGCAAAUUAUUAAGCGGAGCUAAUCUAAUCUUAAUUGGAUUGAUCAUAUGUUUUUGUUUGGUACUCCAAUGACUGUCAUAUAGCUUCCGCGUCUCUGUCUGCCAGCUAUAUAUGUACAGCUAUUUGGAUAUAUAUUAGUUUUAUUAGAGGAUUGUUACCGAUACACAUUGCAACGAAAUUAAAAUUUUAUUUUUAAAGCACAUUGAUUUAGAAUAACUCUUUAACUAACAUAGUUGUCCUAUGUGAAGAAAUGUUAAUAUAGACAGUGCAUGUAUAUAUAUAUUAGAUAAAUACUGUUUAUUCAUUUAUUGAAUAAAGGUGGUAUUUUAUUACAAUGUGAAAGAA